AUGGCACCCAAUAAUCACGCCUCCCCAAUCGCCAAGCUCCCACCCAACGUUCUCGGGGACAUCUUCCACAAGGCGCACCAGGCGAAAUACUCCUUAUCCCGACCUGCCCGGCCCUGGCCUGAGGUAUCCAUAUCCCACGUAUGCGCUUCCUGGCGCAAGCUGAUGGUAUCACCCAAACUCGCUGGGCUAUGGUCGUCUUUCUGCUACGACAUGGACCGGAAAGGGAAAGCCGAGUUGGAGAGGUUCAAAACAUACCUCGAGCGCUCUGGCUCUCUUCCUCUUACGCUCAUCCUCAGACUGUACCCCACCACUGAAUACGACGACUCGCUCACCUGGUCCGUCAUCCUGAACGACGGCGUCCUCCCACUCGCUCUCUCGCAGUACCCGCGGUGGAAGAGCGUGACUUUGUAUUAUAGCGAUGACCCGGAUGCGGUGGAGUAUAUGGCGAGCUGGGGGCGGAAGGUGCGCGGGAAGCGGGCGGAACAUUUGGAGAGCUUUACGGCUCUCAAUGUGAAGCUUUUAGACGACUUCGACGAGGGCGAGGAAGGCGAUCCUGACCCGCCCGUGCCGACCAUCUUCACUAGUGGAACCCCCAAGCUCAGGUCCCUCGCUAUCAACGAUAUCAGCGGUCGCAACCUCCUCCCUCCACUAACCAACCUCACCGAGCUCUACAUCGAGACGCCCGGUGUGGUGGAGAAGCUGUGGGUAUGGGACGAGUUUAUCGGUGUGAUUCAGACGCCUACACUACAGCGCCUCGCGAUCUACGGCGAACCAGUCUACGCAUCGGAGGACGACAUCGACAUCGACGACCUGCCUUCUAAAAUCCACCUCCCCUCUCUCACGCACCUGCGGUACGACGUCUGUCCAGAACCGUACGCCGAGGGGCACGAGCUCUUCUCCCUGCUCCUUCCCCGGCUCUCCGCUCCCUUGUUGCGUUCUAUCACCCUCGGAAAUCUGAACCAGGACGUCUCGGCACCUGAGACCCAGCUCGUCGAGGAUCCGUUCCCGGCGGUGGAGACCGUCACCCUCCUCCAUUGCACAUACAAUAACCGCACGGAUCCAUCGUUCUACCACUGGAUCGCGGGACUCACUUCCUCUGCUACGACGGUGAAAGUAUCGGAUUGGGGCCCGAUGAGUCAAGGGGGAGGGAGUUUGAGCUUCCUUGCGCAGGCGGAUGGAGUGGGUGCUUGGCCGAGGAUGGAGAAGCUUGUGCAUUUCAUCGAGUUCAGGGAUAAGAUGGAUUCUGCAGCCGAUACAGUGGUGGAGAAGAUUGGGGACGUGAUUCGCGCGAGGGAGGGUCUUAAGCUGGUUGAGCUCGCGGAGGCCAACGUUCCUUCUGACAAGCGUCAAAACUUGAAGUUGCAUGGGACUCUGGGCGCCAGGUGUACAGUCGAGUUCUAUAAGAAGAGGGCGAGGGCGUUUGAAGAGGCAGUGAUGUUCAAGUGGGUGAGCUUGCAGACUGAGUAUGAGAGGUGGGGGAAGGAGGAUGAAGAGGAGUUGGAUGGUGAAUUGGGAGGUUGGGUGUUGUAG